GCCUGCGGGGGCCGGGGCCGGGGCCGUGGAGGAGCCGGGCCCCUGCGGCUGAGGCUGGCGGGAGAGGGGCCAGCGGAAGGGGUGUUCGGGGCGUGCGGCUGCGGCGGUUGGGUCUGCGCGGGCAGCGCCGGGGCCGCAGGCUGCUCGGCAGGUGCCGGCGGUGUGGACGGCCGCCGCGGCGACUCGGGGUGCUGCGAUUCUAGUUUCCGUGGACUAAUUGGCUUGUUUGAGAUAAAGAAGUCUCUGGAGCAAGGGUCCUGGGUGAAGAGAAUCCUGACCCGAGACCUUUAAUUUGAGCAUCAAGAUAAGAAUCCAAGAAGAUACACAGAGCCUGCAGUUUUCCCGAGAGCAGCAGAAAAUGACCAAGUCCCAGGGCCCGCCGUCGUUCGAGGACGUGGCUGUGGACUUCACGUGGGAGGAGUGGCGGCUGCUGGACUCCACGCAGAAGGCUCUGUACCGAAGUGUGAUGCUGGAGAACUUGAGCAGCCUUGUGUCCCUGGAAUACUGGAAAGUUGAUGAUUACAAAGCAUGGCACCAAGAAAUUCAAGACAGGAUUAAAAAAUUGGAACAAGUUCAUGAAAUGAAUGCAGGUGGAAAAAUAUUUCAGUCGAGCAUGAACCUUGCCCCUUUAAAGCAAAAAUCCAAUAAGCGUGUCUCAACUGGAAAACAUUUGAAAUAUUCACUAGAUUUAUUUACUCAGACUGGAAACAGUGGGAGAAAGAAAGCUGGGAAGGUCAGGGGAUAUGAGAAAUCCUUUCUCCAUAUUGCAUGUGAAAAAACUCCUGUUGGAGUAAAACACUAUGAAUGUACGGAAUGUGGAAAAGUCAUCAGCAGGAAGUCACGGCUCAUCGUCCAUCAGAGGACACACACAGGAGAGAAACCAUUCAAAUGCAGUGACUGUGGCAAAGCCUUUUCCCAGAAGUCACACGUCGUUACACACCAGACAGUUCACACAGGAGAAAAACGUUAUGGAGGUGAGUGUGGAAAGGCCUUCGCUAGAAAGUCACACCUCAUCACACACCAGAGAACUCACACGGGAGAGAAACCAUACGGAUGCAGCGAGUGUAGCAAAGUGUUCUCUCAGACCUCACAGCUCAUCAUUCAUCAGGAAGUCACACGGGAGAGAAACCCUAUGCCUGUAGUGAAUGCGGGAAAGCCUUUAGUGGGAAAUCACAACUCACCUCUCACAAGAGAACCCAUACAGACGAAAAGCCCAACAAAUGCAGUGAGUGUGGGAAAGCCUUCAGGGAGAAGUCAGGUCUCCGUAAGCAUCAGAGAAUCCAUUCAGGAGAGAAGCCCUACGGGUGCAGUGACUGCGGGAGAGCCUUCAGUGGGAAGUCACUGCUGCUUCGACAUCAGAAGACUCAUUCAGGAGAAAAGCCCUACGGAUGCAGCCAGUGCGGGAAAGCAUUUAUUUGGAAGUCACAGCUGCUCAUACAUCAGCGAACUCACACAGGAGAGAAGCCCUAUGGUUGUGGCGAGUGUGGGAAAGCCUUCUCCCAGAAGUCACACCUCCUCGUACAUCAGAGAAUUCACACAGGACAGAAACCCUAGAAACAGAGUGGAUGUGGGGCGCCCGGGGGGGCUCAUUCGGUAUGAAACUUUAAAGACACGUAUCAUAGCUAUAGUGAAAAGAAGGGCCAUCUGUACCCCAAUGUUCACGGCAGCAGUGGCCACAGUCAGCAAACUGGAAAGAACCAAGAUGCCCUUCAACGGAUGAAUGAACAAAGCAGAUGUGGUCCAUAUACACUAUGGAGUAUUAUGCCUCCAUCAGAAAGGAUGAAUACCCAACUUUUGUAGCAACAUGGACGAGACUGGAAGAGAUUAUGCUGAGUGAAAUAAGUCAAGCAGAGAGAGUCAAUUAUCAUAUGGUCUCACUUGUGAAGCAUAAGGAAUAACACAGAUGACAUGGGGAGAAGGAAAAGAGAAGUGAACUUGGAGAAAUUGGAGCAGGAGACAAACCAUGAGAGACUGUGGACUCUGAGAAACAAACGGAGGGUUUGGGGGGGGUUGGGUGAGCCUGGUGGUGGGUAUUUUGAAGGACACAUGUUGCAUGGAGCACUGGGUGUGGUGCAUAAACGCUGAAUUUUGGAACACUGAAAAAAAAUUAAAAAGAAAAAAGAUACGUAUCUGUGUGUAUAUGUAUGUUGGCAAUGACGACAGCCAAGUAAAAAGCCUGUUGCUUCAGAGGGAUAUAGGCCUUACGUUCCUGAGUAUGGCUACAUGUUAUACAUUUAUAUAUUCUUGUAGCACUUGUGAAAAUAAUCUGUGAGCAUGGUGUAUGUCGUGUUUAUGGCACGGCGUCUGUGAACAGUGCUGCACAGUGGGUAUCAUUUGUACCAUGACGGUAGAAGGUACCUACGCUGGGCCAAAUGAUGUAUUUCUUAUUUAACAAGUAGUAUAACUUAUAUUGCCAGAUACUUUUCGGCACACGUAAAUGAGUUUGAGAACUCUUACCGUGCUCUGUCUUCAAUAAUAGAAGCCAGAAUUUUUCGGUAAAAGCUCCUGCCUCCUCUGAGUGCCCAGUUUAUACACAGAACUGCUAUUCACGUUAGACGCGCAAAGGCAAGAAGACACGUGAGCAUGCGACGGAGUGAGCAACAGAGAAGCUCUGAAUAGCACUGCUCUUCAUCUGAAUGUGUGGGAAAUAAGGUUUGUAAAAGUAAAAGACCCACAAAGC